GACGCAAACGGACCUCAGGAAAUAUCCAACUCAAACCUUUCGGUAGUUUCAUUCAAGAUGGUUUUAGAAACUAUUUCAAAGAUCAUAAAAACCCAGCUUCCAGCCUACCUCAAGAAGUUCCCCCUUCCCGAGACGAUCGGAGGAUUUGCGAGGUUAACAGUCCUUGAUUGGCUCCGGUUGCUGCCUCUCCUGGGAAUCUUGGCCCUGCUGGGCUACCUCACCAUCCGGCCCUUCCUGCCCAAGAAGAAGAAGCAGAAGGACAGCCUGAUCAACCUGAAGAUCCAGAAGGAGAACCCCAAAGUGGUCAACGAGAUAGAUAUUGAGGACUUGAAGAGCACAAAUGUCUGCUACUGCCGCUGCUGGCGCUCCAAAACGUUUCCUGUUUGUGACAAAUCACACAUAAAGCACAAUGAGUUGACUGGAGACAACGUGGGGCCUCUCAUACUCAAGAAGAAGAUAUUAUAAUCCAUCUUUAACACUGAGGGAGCCACCAUCUUCACUCUCUCCUUCUGUCUUCAGUUCUUUAAAAAAGUCUGUCUGUAUUUUAGGGCAUGGCUUUUUGCACUCUAACAAUUAGUCUUUUGUUUUGGUAAAAAAAAAAAAAUGGCGCAUACUUUGCUUUUGAUAGUGAUAUGCUGUACAAAUGUUGGUGGCACGUUAACUCAAAGAUUUUACCAUCAACACUUUUGUAAAUGUUAUUUAUUUCAACUUGACAAUAAUGGGCAUUAACAGAGGUUAUACCACAGAGUAGCAUAAAACCUUUCAAACUAUCACCACUCCCUCUUAUUGUCUCCUUCUGAGAACUUUUUGUACAGUGGCCAUUUUCCAGUCUCGCUAGUAGCUCUUGUUAGAAACAGUUAACCUUGGUCUCCUUGGUAGCACCGCUCGGUUCCAAACUAUUGGGAUCACAUUGAGGGGAAUUUGAACUUAAAUCACGAUUGCAAUUAGGGUAGUAGUAUAUUUUGUUAAGUUGAAAAAAUAUAUAUACUUAGCCUUUUCAGUCUCCAAACUACUGUAAGCUUGAAGUCUUUCACUUGCAUACAAACACACUUACAGGAUUUGUUUUCUCUGCCAUUUCUUUGUUCAUAGCCUUAAUUCUGUGUUCAUACUGUUGUGUAUUCAACCUGAUGAUCUUAAGACAUCUCAAUUUCACAAAACGCCUCCACUCAACAAUGAACCCUUGUUUUUCUAUAAAUAUUUAAGCAAUUCAAUUGUUUUGCCUUUAGAGUAUCAAACAUGUCAGUUGUCUGAUUGACUUUGCAUUAAGACUGAAUGUAUUGCAAAUAUUUCUUAAUUCAUUCAACAACAUGAGACUUGAAGGUAUCUGAUCCUUUGUUUACUGAUCCUUAUGUUAAAUACCAAUCCAGUUUCUGGGAUUUAGGCAAACUGUGCCUGCCUGUGGACUUCUAAAAUAAAAGUUGACCUG